UUCCUGUUUGGCGUCGCACUGCCAUGACGUCAUGAAGGAAGGCCAAUGAACUGCCGCGACAGAAGCCUGCUGCUUGUGUACAGUGACCCAGAACAUCAGCUGAGGUGCUGAAUGAGUUGUAGUCAUGUCACUUUUAGUCCUAACAUCUGCACACAGACUACGAGCAAUCUGUAGAUUGCAGAGAAUACAAACACACAUGAUGUCCAGUAAAAUUGGAUCAGAGGUUUUGUUUGAGAAUGUGGGAAAUGCCGGUGUCAUCACAUUAAACAGACCCAAAGCUCUCAAUGCCCUCAAUCUCACAAUGAUCAGACACAUCUUACCUCAACUUAAGAAAUGGGACAAGGAUUCAGAAACCGAUAUAGUCAUCAUUAAAGGAACUGGAGGGAAGGCAUUCUGUGCUGGUGGAGAUAUCAGAGCUGUCACAGAAGCUGGAAAAUCUGGCGAUUCUUUAGCUCAAGACUUCUUCCGUGAGGAAUACAUUCUGAAUAACACCAUUGGUACAUAUCAGAAACCCUAUGUGGCUCUCAUUGAUGGAAUUACAAUGGGAGGGGGCGUCGGUCUUUCAGUACACGGGCGGUUUCGCGUGGCUACUGAGAAGACGCUUUUUGCCAUGCCGGAGACGGGCAUCGGCCUGUUCCCUGAUGUUGGAGGUGGAUACUUUCUACCUAGACUUCAAGGCAAAUUGGGUCUCUUUCUCGCCCUGACCGGGUUCCGCCUCAAAGGACGAGAUGUGCAGAGAGUUGGGGUGGCUACUCAUUUUGUCCAGUCGGAGAAGAUUGCAUCUCUAGAGAAGGAUCUUGUUGACCUCAAGUCUCCAUCUAUCAGUGAUGUGACCCAUCUACUAGAUUCUUAUCAAGAACUGAGCACUCUGGAUGCUGAGAAGCCAUUUAUCCUGCAGCAGCACAGAGAAGCCAUUGAUAGGCUCUUUACAGCUGCCAGUGUGGAGGAGAUCCUUGAGAACCUUCAUAAAGAUGGAUCUGCAUUUGCACAGAAACAGAUAGAGACUCUGGCUAAAAUGUCUCCUACAUCACUGAAGUUGACCUUCAGACAGAUUCAGAAAGGCGCAAGCAUGAGUUUAAAGGAGGUGUUGGUGAUGGAGUAUAGACUCACGCAGGCCUGUAUGAGAGGUCAUGAUUUUUACGAGGGAGUUCGAGCUGUCCUGAUCGAUAAAGACCAGAGUCCAAAGUGGAAACCUUCCACCCUAACUGAGGUUUCAGAGCGGGCUGUAGAGGAAUGCUUCAGUUCCCUGGGUGAAAGAGAUCUCAAACUUUAAAAAAUCUCGUCAAACACAUCUGCAAGAUACUUCACGAAUCUCUGACAUGUAUCAGAAAUCUCCAUUGUUAUUUCUGUCAACAUAACUCAAUUAUCUGCUGCUUACAACAACAGCAAACGCUUUAUUGGGUCUUCUGCGCAGAUAUCCUGGUGUAAGGUUUUGGAGGUGUUCUCUAAAUGUUUCAAAUACAUCACAGGCAAUCUCUGAUUAACCUUGUCAACUUUACCAGCACAUAGACACUGGCCAACAUUUAGCACAACAGGAUUAAACUAUUGUCAUGUAUCAUGUAUACGGUAUCAAGUUUAACAUCAAUCAGUCCCACUGACCUACAUUACUGAGAUAGGUAGCUUGUUAAAAUAGAUACAAGUGAUAUAUAUAGGCAAAUCUGUGAUGCCUUGAAUUGAAAUAAAUCUGAUGUUUUUGUCAUAUGUAUGGAUGUACUUAAAAGUGUGACCUGCAUUUGUGGUGAAUAUAAAUUAUUACUUUUUUGGUGUUUUUGGUUUUGGAGUUGUGUCAUAUUUACAGUUUUAAGAUACCAAUAGAUAUUCUUAAAUAACAAUGUGACCCUGGAAGUCGUAGAAAUAUCCAAUAAUACAUUGUAUGAGUCAUUAUAAAUAUUUUUAUAGUAAAAAUGAAAGUAAAAAUCUUGUUCCAUGAAGAUAUUUCGUAAGUUUCCUACCGUAAAUGUAUCAAAAAUUUAUUUAUCAUUAAUAUGUGUUGCUUAGGACUAGCCUGGUUAGCCAGACCUACAUCAAGAUGUAAGGUCUGGCAACUCUUCACACAAACGGCUCAAUCCAAGGGGCGGGAUAUAAGGUUGUCCCUCAAAAUGCCUCUGCACGCAAUAGGAUAGCGCUAUGACGGAUCAGAGCAACGAAGAAGGUGACGUAGUUACCGUAACCAGUCGGCAAAACUCCAAACACAUCUUUCUUGCUUAAAAAGGACUUCAGUAGGGUUUAUUUGCUCUUCUCUCAAAGAAAAACAUAAGUCUAAGUCCUCCAGAGUCGCGGCCAAAGCCACUUCAAAAGAUAGCUGUUCGCCAGCAGCAGCAGCCAUUCUCUGUUUUCAAGUAGGAACCGUUGCAGCUCUGUCGUCAUCAUGUUAAGCCCGCCCCACAGACGCUACACACGAUGUGAUUGGCCUGACCAAAUUUUGGUUUUUGGACCGGUUAAGUGUAUUGUGAGUGCCUAGACUAAACCCUGGCAGCAAAUAUAUUUUGCGGCCGCUAGGGUGCGUCUAGAUUUCUAGGCUAGCUUAGGACUUCAUUUGGACAACUUUAAAGGCGAUUUUCUCAAUAUUUAGAUUUUUUUGCACCCUCAGAUUCCAGAUUUUCAAAUAAAUGUAUCUCGGCCAAAUAUUGUCCUAUCCUAAAGAACCAUACAUUAAUGGAAAGCUUAUUGAUUCAAAAGCUUUCAGAUGAUGCAGAAAUCUCAAUUUCAAAAAAUACACCCUUAUGACUGGUUUUGUACACAAAUAUUAAGAAAUAAUAAUAAAAAGAUGUUCAUUUA